AAAAUAGAAAGUCCCAACGAAGCGAAAUUUCAUUUGGUUUAUGCUGCAAAAGCAAACCCAUUGUCCUUUUCUUUGGUCAACCUUUUUUGUUUCUUUUCUCUGAUGAACUCUGUUCACUUGUUGGUUCUCAGCGCCUGCUCCCACCUCACACCUUUACAUUAAUGAACUCUGCUCUCUCCACUCUCCACUCUCCACUCUCCACUCUCCAACCCAAUCCACAUAACUUCCCGCGCACGUUAGCACAGCUCACCGAAUCACAUUAUAUAACAAACUCAUAUCACGCGCCUCCUUUUCUCUUAUAAGAUUAAAAUAUCUCCAUAUAUAAAAUUACAAGUUUAAAACCUAAACCUACACACAUUCUUCUCUUUUGUUACUUUAAUCAAUGAACGGUGCUCCCACGCACGAACGCCGCUGGGCGUCCGAUACGGUGCCGGAGAUGUCAUUCGUCAGCGCCGGCACUUCGCCGGGAACGGACUCCAAUUCCGUCGCCGACGAGUACGUUGAGGUCACUCUCGAUGUUCAAGACGAUCACACCAUCGUUCUCCGCGGCGUUGAGCCGGUGACCAUCAUUAGCGUCGACGACGGUGUCGCCGCAAGCGGAAGCGAAACUCCGGCGUCCGCCGCAUGGUCGCCGUCGAUCAGGAGGAGCUCUCCCAACCGGUGGCGGCAGUUCUCGCAGGAGCUGAAAGCCGAGGCGGUGGCGAAGGCGAGGCAGUUCUCGCAGGAGCUCAAGGCGGAGCUGCGGCGGUUCUCGUGGAGCCAAGGCGGACCUGAAACGGCGUUGGUGGAUCGAGAUCUUAGGAAGCAGCGCGCUCAGCUUGAACGCAAUCGUUCCGGUACUAAGAAAGCGCUCCGUGGACUCAAAUUCAUUAGCAGUAAAUCCAAUGGCGUUGAUGCCUGGAACGAGGUGCAGAGCAAUUUCGAUAGUCUUGCCAAGGACGGUUUUCUUUAUCGCACCGAUUUUGCGCAAUGCAUAGGGAUGAAGGACUCUAAGGAGUUCGCUCUGGAACUAUUCGAUGCUCUGAGUCGUAGACGAAGACUGAAGCUUGAGAAGAUAAGCAGAGACGAGCUUAAAGAAUUCUGGUCGCAAAUUACUGAUCAAAGCUUUGAUUCGCGCCUCCAGAUCUUCUUCGACAUGGUGGACAAGAAUGAAGAUGGUAGAAUCACCGAAGAAGAAGUGAAAGAGAUCAUCAUGCUAAGCGCUUCAGCAAAUAAGUUAUCCAGAUUGAAAGAGCAGGCCGAAGAAUACGCAGCUCUGAUCAUGGAAGAGUUAGACCCUGAAAGACUUGGCUACAUUGAGCUAUGGCAAUUGGAGACGCUUCUGUUACAAAAGGACACGUAUCUCAACUACAGCCAAGCACUAAGCUACACCAGUCAAGCUUUGAGUCAGAACCUACAAGGACUAAGGGCGAGAAGUCCGAUACGUAGGAUGAGCCGCAGAAUGCUCUACUAUUUGCAGGAAAACUGGAGGAGACUCUGGGUUUUAGCAUUGUGGAUUUUCACUAUGAUUGGGCUGUUUACGUGGAAGUUCAUCGAGUACAAGCGGAAAAAUGCUUAUCACAUCAUGGGUUACUGUCUACUCACGGCCAAAGGUGCUGCUGAGACUCUGAAGUUCAACAUGGCACUUAUACUCUUGCCCGUGUGCAGAAAUACCAUAACUUGGCUCAGGUCCACCAAGUUGGCUUGCAUUGCACCUUUUGAUGAUAACAUCAACUUUCAUAAGACAAUUGCUGCGGCAGUAGUGAUUGGUGUUAUACUUCAUGUCGGGAAUCACCUUGCUUGUGAUUUUCCAAGACUAGUAAAUGCGUCAGAAGAUAUUUAUGAUAAGUAUUUGGGUGGCGUAUUUGGUGAUCAUAAACCCAGUUACAUAGACCUCGUUAAAGGGGUUGAGGGUGUGACUGGAAUUCUGAUGGUGAUUUUGAUGGCAAUAGCAUUUACUCUUGCAACAAAAUGGUUCAGGAGAAAUCUCAUUAAGCUUCCUAGACCGUUUAAUAGGCUCACUGGUUUCAAUGCGUUCUGGUAUUCACACCAUCUGUUUGUUAUCGUCUAUGUCCUGCUCAUCAUUCAUGGUGUAAAUAUUUACCUCGAGCGCAGAUGGCACCUUCAAACGACAUGGAUGUACCUUGCAGUUCCAAUUUUACUUUAUGCGGGAGAAAGAACGCUUAGAUUCUUCCGUUCUGGUUUCUAUACAGUCCGUAUUAUAAAGGUUGCCAUUUAUCCCGGAAAUGUUCUCACGUUGCAAAUGUCGAAGCCGCCUCAAUUUCGUUACAAGAGUGGACAAUACAUGUUUGUGCAAUGUCCUGCUGUUUCUCCAUUUGAGUGGCAUCCGUUUUCUAUUACCUCAGCCCCUGGCGACGACUACCUUAGUGUUCACAUACGACAACUGGGAGAUUGGACUCAGGAGCUCAAAAGGGUAUUCUCUGCGGCCUGUGAGCCUCCUGUAGCUGGGGAGAGCGGGCUUCUUAGGGCUGAUGAAACCACCAAGAAAUGUUUACCAAAGCUAAGGAUAGAUGGACCUUACGGUGCACCGGCACAAGACUACAGAAACUAUGAUGUCCUAUUACUUGUCGGUCUCGGGAUAGGAGCAACACCUUUUAUCAGCAUUCUAAAAGAUCUUCUCAACAAUAUUGUCAGAAUGGAGGAGCUGGCGGAUUCAGUCUCUGAUUCUAGUAGAGGUUCAGAUCUUAGUGCUGGGAGUGCAGAUUCACUAUCUUUAAAUAAGAUUUCUCCUAAACGAAAGAAGACACUGAAAACUACCAAUGCUUAUUUCUACUGGGUAACAAGAGAACAAGGUUCUUUCGAUUGGUUUAAAGGGGUCAUGAAUGAAGUUGCUGAACUUGAUCAAAGGGGUGUUAUUGAGAUGCACAACUACUUAACUAGCGUAUAUGAGGAAGGCGAUGCCAGAUCCGCCCUCAUUACUAUGGUGCAAGCCCUCAACCAUGCAAAAAAUGGAGUUGAUAUUGUUUCUGGGACUAGGGUGAGAACUCAUUUUGCUAGGCCUAACUGGAAGAAGGUUUUCUCUAAAAUAUGUUCUAAGCACUGCAAUGGACGAAUAGGGGUUUUCUAUUGUGGCGCACCGGUUCUGGCCAAAGAAUUAAGCAAGCUGUGCUUCGAGUUCAACGAAAAAGGUCAAACAAAAUUUGAAUUCCACAAGGAGCAUUUCUAAGGGAAUUUGGACGGAGCUUCAUAACUGUACCGAGUCAACAUUAUGACUUAAACCCGUCAUUUUAACAACUUGUCGUAGCCACAUUAUAAGAUAUGUUCAAUAAGCUAAAACCUUACGUAUAGAAAUAUCAGGCAUUGUACAUCCCAGUCAACAAGAUGACUGGGCAUUUCAUCAUACAUGUGGCGGCAACGCAAAGGAGAUAUGGCUCAUACAAGGCUCCAGCAACAGAGUGGUACAGCUAUGUUCGAAUACAUUCCCCUGAUUCUUGUGGGCCGCAUAAAUUAUUGGCAGAUACAUCCGAUACAAAGUAUAUAACAGUUUUGAAAGUCAUAAAAAGGAAUUAGACAGUGUUCCGACUAAGGAGGAAGACAUAGGUUGAAUAGGACGUGUGAAUAAUUUAUUUUUGAUAAAAUAAUCGUUUUGCAAUAUUUUUUAAAAAUAAAUGACGACAAACAUAUACAAAACUUUCAUUUUCUUCGAGUGGAUUCCAGUAUUUUUCUAGAAUAUUGAGGGUGAAAUAGGUGUUUCAACCAUGCUGCCUCUGCUUGGAUUUCUUAUCCAGGAGAGGUGAUCUAUACACUGUACAUGAGUCUGUUAAUAGUAUGUUAUUUUUCCCUGUCCAGUGGCUAUGUAGGGAAAUUGGUGCAAAACAUGAAUUAUAAAUGAGCUGAUGUUAAGUGGUUCCCAUCGGUUCAUUUUAAAAUAAUUGUACUUACAAAAAAAAUUGUUCAUCCAAACAUAUUUGAAUGCUGUGUUUGCAAUAAAAAUGUAAAGUGAAUUGGGCACUGCUUCUCCUGUUCUCCAA